AUGAAAACAGAAAUUGCAAAAACAUUUAAUUUAGUAGAAUUAUUAUUAAAAUUUGAAGGGGUUAUUAGCUUAAUGAUUCAGUUAGUUCUUACUUAAAAAAAAAUAUCAUCAUGGAUAAAUUAAUAUUUUUUAUGCAAACGGAAAUAAACAAUCAAUUUAAUUAAAAGGAAUUAUAUUGAGACUUUUUGCACACUUAAAUACUUCUUUUAGAAGGAGCUGAAGUGUUGGAUUUUGGAGAAGUAUAGGAAGAAAAAACUAUUGUAAUAUAUAUAUCAAAUUAACAUUGAUAACUGCUUAUCAAAAUUAAAGUUGAAGAAUUAUAUAAUUUAAUGGUUUAAUUUUUAAAUAAUUUAUUAAUAAUAAAAUGGAUUCGAAAAAACAGAAUUUCCAAUCAACAUUUCGAGAGAUAACUAACCUUUCAACAGAUGGAAUGAUUCAAUUUAUGAAUAGUUGUAUCUGAAAUAAUGGGAACUCAGAAAAAGAGGUUUUUUAUACUAUAAUUUAAGGAAUUUUUUUUAGUAUUAAGUUAAUGAUCACUUUUAUUUAAAUGGAUUCAAUUGA